AGCACAAACACAUCGACAUUUCGCGGCACUAGUCUACCACGUCUCGCGUAUAAUCUCUCACCACAACCAUGGCCAACGACGAGUACGAUUUCCUAUUCAAAGUGGUCUUGAUCGGAGACUCGGGUGUCGGAAAAUCCAACCUGCUUAGCCGAUUCACGCGCAAUGAGUUCAACUUAGACUCCAAGUCGACCAUCGGCGUUGAGUUCGCCACGAGGUCGAUCCAGAUUGACGGCAAGACAAUCAAGGCGCAGAUCUGGGACACUGCUGGUCAGGAGCGAUACCGCGCCAUUACGUCUGCCUACUACCGGGGUGCCGUCGGUGCGCUGCUCGUCUACGACAUCAGCAAGAGUCUCUCGUUCGAGAACGUGACUCGGUGGCUGAAGGAGCUGCGAGAUCACGCGGACAGCAACAUCGUCAUUAUGCUCGUGGGCAAUAAGACUGAUCAGCGGCACCUGAGAGCCGUGCCGACAGAGGACGGCAAGAACUUUGCCAGCGAAAAUGGGCUCUCCUUCAUCGAAACAUCGGCUCUCGAGGCGACCAACGUCGAUCUGGCCUUCCAGAACAUCCUGACUUCCAUCUACCAGAUUGUGUCGAGCAAGAGCCUGGCGGAGGAAGGGGCAGACGUCGGCAAGAAGUUCGACCCGAGGGAAGGCAAUAACAUCUCCCUUAGCCAAGAGGGGGCGAAGAAGGAGGAUAAGAGCUGCUGCUAAUAUCUUGGCCCGGCACGAUUACACGGCGUCACUUAUGUCUGAUACGAAUUGGGGAACUUCUUAUGGCCAUGGGGGACACGGAUCUGCUGCACCUUUGGGACGUUGGAGGAUGAAUUUCUUCAGAGAGGGGGAGGGGGGUAUUCUAGUCUUGUUCGUUUUGUCCUUUGGUGCUCUACGUGUGCUGGUUCUUGGGGUUUUUGCAGUGGUUCUCACCACCCUCGGUGCAUGGGUUACGAAGCAGUCACACUAGGUGAAACGGGCCCAGCGUUGGUAAUACCUGAUAUCGGGUCGCAGGUCGAGAUCCGGGUCUGCACAAGUUUUGCCAUUUGACAACAUAUACAUACCUCGUUGGCGGGGUCCGAGGGAUGCGAGGGGCAGAGGGCAACUUGAGUGACUCGACGCUGCCAGUCUUUUGAUCACCG